UACGCGACAGAAGUCAUGCCUGCUGCUACCGCUGCUGUGAGCAUUUAUGAGGUUUUGUGGCAGGAAAAGUGAUUUUCUGUUUAGGAAGCUAACGAUUGAGUUGUAUUAAAGGGGUAUUAUGAUCCAGAGAGCCAACAGGAAAAGGAUGGUUAUAUUUUGAUGACUGCUGACCUUUAGUUAUAGCAUGGUCAGUUUCUAGUCUCCAUAACAGGCUAGUUAUCCAAGUAACUAACAAAGUUUCUGUACUAAUUUUAUGAGAAACUUUCGUGUAAGAUAAGGAUAAUUAUAAGAACAGGAAAUAGCUGCUAUAUGCUAACAUGAGCUCAACCAUAAUUUGCAAAGUCAGACUGUGCUUGAUGCCCCUAAAGCCUGUCUAUAACCUUGGGAGUUCAAAUUUCCUCACUGUAUGCAGUUCAAACUUAUGUUCUGCUGCACACUUUCUGUGCACCAAAAAAACUAAUCCAAGUGUCAGGCCAACAGAUAGAAAACACAGUGGGCAGACUGAGGAACAUGGGAGAGGUAAAGUUAGGACCAUCCGGCAUAGAGAGGAAGAUUUAUGGAAUGGUGCAAAGGAGGAAAGAAGUAAGAACUACACUUCUAUGCAGCGACCCUACCCUAAGUCUGUGUUUGCUGCUGGGACGGCGAAGAGGACCGCAGAGAUAAUUAAAAGAAAAACAGCACUGGCCUGUGAGGAUGAGGACCAGCAUGUGGAUGAGCCCUCACGGAGGAAAGGAACAGGGAAGCUGGCACCUCCUGACCGUCCGCUGUCUCCUACUGAGUGGAGGACACUGAAGGAGUCUGUGGGUAAUCCCCAGCGCUUUGACGUCCAGAUGAUGUCUGCACUCUUCAACUCCAGAGCAAAUCUGGAUAUUCCCAAGUCUCUGCUGACUUUUGUAGCCAUGGAAACGGGAACACUGUCCUAUGAGCUACUGCUGCGAUACCUGACGCUGUGUGUGAACAGUGGCCAUGACACUGAGGUGUUUGACUUGUAUGACAUCAUGCGGGGAAAUUUCCCUUGUCUCGAGACAGGAGCCUUGAGCCUCUUUAUCAAGUCUUUUAGCCGGACAGAGAGGUGGAGGGAAGGACUCAACAUACUGCAGGAGCUCGAUAAGGUUUUUACCCCAUCACCUCGCAACUACGGUGACAUCAUCUCAGCAGCCGUGCUUCACGGUGACACAACAACUGCUUGUACUCUUUAUGAUGAGUUAAUAGACAAGGGACUGAGCCCACACCAGGAAACCUGGGAGGAUCUGUUUAGAGGAGCAAGAAAGACUGCACAGGAGGGAGUAGAAGUCAUGUCUCAGUCUGAAUAUGAGAAGAAACUGAUGGGAAUUCUGUUUUACAUGAGAGAUAAUCAGAUCUACCCCAAGAAGAGCCUCGCUGACUGCAUCAAGACCUGGUUUGAGAGUCUCCCUGGACAGAAUUGGACAGGAAGUUGGACAAGUGUCAACCCUAAGGGUUUAUGCAGGUGUUGUGGGUCUGAGCUAGAGUCCAUCCAACUGACAACUCAGGAAUACCAACAGCUGAAAGACAGAGUCAUGGCAGAUAUCAUCGAAGGACAGGAUGUUUUUAAGAAGUCUACGCCAGAGGAGCUGGAGAGAUUCAAGGCGUUUGUGAAGAGGAAACCAUCUUUUGAUGUGGUCAUGGAUGGACUCAAUGUCGCUAAUAUCAACAAAGAUAAAACCAAGCUGUCGGAGACGUUGUUGGCAGUGGUGUCGGAGUUUGCGCGUCAAGGCUUGGCAGUGCUGGUUUUGGGAAGGAAACACAUGCUACGGCCCUCGAAAACCUGGGACAGAAACGACAUGGCUCUUAUCCAGCAGAAAGCCCAUUUCUUCUUCACUGAAAACAUCUCUGAGGAUGACCCCUUUUUGCUGUAUGCCACUUUGCAUUCUGGGAACCACUGUAAAUUUGUGAGCAGGGACCUAAUGAGGGACCACAAGGCCUGCCUGCCAGAUGGAGCCAGCAGACGGCUCUUCUUCAAAUGGCAGAGGGGCCACCAGCUGGUGGUGGACGGACACGUUGCAGCAAGACGGAGAGUCCGAUUUCAGAGUAUUCCCAGCUACGACACCAUUGUUCAGACUUCAGAGGAUUUAUGGCAUAUUCCCUACGACGACUCAGAGGACAGGAGCACCUAUGAAGUACCACAGAAGUGGCUCUGCCUCUCCAAAGUGCAGUGAACUCACACAUGGUCUCAAGUGUUACUCAAAGACUGUAUUUGCUCCGAAAUGUUAUUGUAAAUUUGAUAUUGAAAAUAAAACUUUUACCAAAAGCA